AUGGGUUCAAGGGAGCCGACGCGCUCUGGAAGAUCAAAUUCCCCCAUGAGCCACCUCCGCCGGACAUCCCGCCAGAACCCCCGCCACCUUCACAACCCCCACCUCCGGACACAACGUUACCCCGUCCCAGUUCGCCCUAAAGCAAAAACGCACCCGUUUGCCGGCAGUAUGUGUAAACGAACAUUUCCGCUUCAAAAUGGAUUAGAAAGCCACCUCAGAUACAUGCACAACGCCACAUGCCCUGUCCCAGAGAGAAAACGCCCGCGAGCCAACGAACCGAUACCAGAGGAAUCGGCAUUCCCCUGUGGCGAAUGUGAUGUGGUAGUGCGCCCUAAAACAGACCUUAAAUCCCAUAUUAGAGCACGGCAUCCUGAGAACCCCCAAAAAAGACGCACCCGGCAUCCAACUCAUUCCCCAACCUGCUUCACUACGAUGCGAAUUUUGUCUACGCGACUUUGGCAAGAUUGGAGCUCUCGCCUGCCACAAAAAGUUUAA